UGCUGGCCUUUGUCAUUCUGAGUGGGGGCAUGUUGGAGGCAUGUCCGCACUCUCCCAAAACUCAGGAGAAUGUGCUGAAGAGAAAGGCAAGAGGGAAACUGGCCUUUGCCGUAUGUCUGAGGGGUGCUCUCCUCCCCAGAGCCCUAUGAAGGAAGAGCUGUUAUGCUCUGCAUUUGACACGCUGGGGAAUCCAAGCCCAGAGGGGCUGGCUACCUGUCCCCAGAUCCUACUGCUUCUCUCCAGUACACCCCAUCUGCUCUGAAGUCUCUAGGUCUUGCUGGGGAGGGAGGCCCUCUGGGGCACCCUGCUACUCUCCACCAGGGCCCUGGGCCACCACCUCCAGGCUGCAAAUUGCCCCAGGAGGCCUUUUUGUUUAAAGACAUUUUAGCUGGAAGAUGCUAAUUAUCAAUGAGGAGAAAGUGACACCUGAAGAGUUCAUUUUCCAUCUUGGUCCUUGGUGUCUCCUUUGAACUCCUCCUCCCCAGCCCUCUUUCCCACUUCAUCACUUCUCCCCCACCAUCAUAAAAGAGAGCUCUGCCCUGGCUGGCUGCAGAACUUUCUUUCUCACUUGCCAGGGAGCCGUUCUCUCUGCAGCUGUCCCCCAGGCAUGGACAACCUGCGUGAGACCUUCCUCAGCCUCGAAGAGGGCUUGGGCCCCUCGGACAGCCCCGGCCUGCUGUCCUCCUGGGACUGGAACAACAGGGCAGGGCCCUUUGAGUUGAACCAGGCUUCCCCCACCCAGAGCCUGUCUCCGGCUCCCUCACUGGAGUCCUAUUCUUCUUCUCCCCGUCCAGCUGUGGCUGGGCUGCCCUGUGGGCACGGAGGUGCCACCAGCGGGGGCAGUGGGACGGGUGGCCUGGUGGACGUGGACUACAAUAUGUUAGCCUUCCAGCCUGCGUACCUGCAGGGCGCUGGGGGCCCCAAGGCCCAGAAGGGUGCCAAAGUCAGGAUGUCUGUGCAGCGGAGACGGAAGGCCAGCGAGAGGGAGAAGCUUCGGAUGAGGACCUUGGCCGACGCCCUGCACACCCUGCGGAAUUACUUGCCCCCUGUCUACAGCCAGAGGGGCCAGCCGCUCACCAAGAUCCAGACGCUGAAGUACACCAUCGAGUACAUCGGGGAGCUCACAGAUCUCCUCAACGGCGGGAGGGAGCCUCGGCCCCAGAGCGCCUGAGCCCGGACCCCGACGCAUCCCAGCCCCUGGGCAGGGCAGGGACAGGACAGCUUUAAAGACCUGGACUAGCUCACGGAACGACGGCACAUAGGUUUUUUAUAUGUAGUAAGCAUGGUGACUCUGUCGUCUGCAAACUUGUGAGGGAAUUCCCACUGGACUUGUUGAAGCUACCAGAACACUUAAAAGCCAGACAAGCAGGUAUUUUGCCUCCAGUUUUCCCACGGUUUCUCAGGAGAGGAGCCUGUAGCAAAGAGACCGAUUGCUGGGCCCUUCUCUGCCCGUCCAAGGUAUUUUAAAGGAUCAAUGAUUUGGAAUGCAUUGUGUCGAUAAUGUAAAAUUGUUACAAUUGAUCUUCUCUCACUAUUUCGGUGGUGGGAGCUUUCUUUCUGUGGCUAACUCACCCAUAUUUUGUGUAGCAACCUGCCUGACAUCUGGAUUCUUAUUUAGAAAGAUUUGCAUCAAGUAAAGGGCUAUAGCAUUCUUGUUUUUAUUUUGUCUGUGUGCUUGCCUGUGUGUGUGUGUCUGUACCCUCGUGUGCUUUGUGUGACUAAAAUCAUGCCUUUUCUUUUGCGGGAACCCAAAUCAUGUAGAUGCAGAAGGAAUUAGCAUCAUGGUAAAUAGCAAGGCCCAGGCAGACAGGCUACAUUGAGAUACAGUGAAGUAAAGGCGAGCGCCUCUUAAUGCAGGGGACAGGGUGCCUGGAGAUGAGCAGAUAAGAAGGAGGAGGGAGUGGGGGAGAACUCAGCCCCACAGGGUGGGCCUGAAGCAGGGCUUGGGGCAGACACUCCCUGUGCCAGGCCUGGUAUGAAAAUAACCUCACCAAAUUCCUUCACUUGCUCAUUUCUCAAACAAAGUGAUUGGUUCAAAAAGAAUAAGAGACUAUUUUAAUUCUAUAGAUGAGUGAAAGGGUUGGGAUUAGAAUUCAGGUCUAUCAACCCCCCCCCCCAGAGGUAUCUGUUCUUCCCCCACACAUCCUCCCCCCCUCUCCACCACCCCCACUCCACAUGCACUUAUACACAAACACAGACUCCUGUGCACAGUGCCCCGUCUCAGGCUGCGUGAUACCCAUUCUCAGCUUGGCCAACGUGAAUGGCACAAGGCAUUGAAAAGGUGACUUUGCAUGGAGGAGGUUCUCAAAACCUUUGAAUUAAAGAGUUGCUUUUUUUUUUUUAAGGUUGCAUUUUUCUCCCAAUGGUUAUUAACCAUUUGCAUUUUUUUCAAUGACUAGUCUGUUAAGGUUUCCAGUCGUUUCUUUUCCUGUUGGUGCUUUUUUCCUUUGUAAUGACACAUUAACAAAAGCAGUAGGUGUGUUACAAUUUAACGUAUAACUUCUCCACUUUUUUCCUUUGUGGAUACACACAUAUACAAAUAAAUAUAGGCAUAUAUACAUUUAAAAAUGCCUUUAAUUCUGCAAAUGGCUUUUUUGAAAUUUUUACUUAGCAACACAUAAUAGAAGUCCUUCCAAUGUAACACACAUAAAUCUACGAUGUUAAGUACCAUUAUUACCUUGAUUUUACAGAGGAGAAAGGAGAAGCACAGGCUUGCUCUAAGUUACACAUGUGAAGGGUGCAGUGGAUAUCAGAGGUUCAACGUGCAAGGGCACAGGUGUUGCAUAAUUUGUUUAAUGAGUCACCUUUUGAAUAAUAUUUACGUUGUUUCAGUUUUUUGUUACAAAAAAAUGUAACAAAUAUCGCAGACAACUAGCUUUAUCUACAGAUAUUUUAAGUAGCCAGGGAAUUUCCCAGAAAUGGGAUUCCUGCACCGGAGUGUAUGCACAUUUUCAACUUAAAUAAAGACUAUUAGAUGACUUUUAUAAAAGUUUGCAGUUAUUUACGGUCCCUCUAACAUUAUACAAAAGAACCGGCUGUCCCACAUUGUCUCUGGAUAUGACAAUCUUCUGAAUAUUUAAUGGGUAAAAAAUGGUUACAUCACUGCUAAUUUUAAUUUCCCCAUCUACUAUUUGAGAUGAUGCAUCUGUUUUUGGGUUUUUUUUUUUUUUUUUUUACUUUAUGUGACUUUUGUUCAUUUUGGUUGCUCUGCUGUAAC